AUGUGUACAUUUAUUAUUGUAGGAUAUCUAUUAUAGAUAGGUAUAAUACCUACCGAUAAUUGGAUAAUUGCCUGCACGUUCGAACAAAAGUUCAUUAACAUUCUCCCAAACGCUCGAAUGAACCUUGUGAACGUUUCCUCUAGCAAAGUUAGACAAUGAGAAAACAAUAUCUAUGAUUAAUAACGAAUAUUCGUAAAAAAAAGGAUUUGGUUGCCUGUAAAAGAUAGGACUAUAAUAGGCGAAGUGAUAAAGGUAUCACAGGAUACAAACUAAAAGACCAUGCGCAAUGUUACAACAAAAUUCUCCUUAGAAACAGAUUAUUUAUUAUUGAUAUCUGUUUCUUAUUGCGUACAUCAUAAUAUUCUCCUCAAAAUGUCUAAAAGUUUAGAAGUUGCUCGAAAGUCUGAAUCUUCGGAAAGUGACGAGAGUAGCGAAUGCACCAUCGCGUCCACCAACGACUCGUUCAGCCUGGCCAGCAGCAAACCGAAGCCGAAGUUCAACGAAAUCGAAAGUGCAAUGAUCAACUCGGUCUUGGAGGAGACAAUUUUCAAACUGAUCAUCGUCAAUAUGGAAGAAGAUCAAGCGAGCACGUCGAUAGUGAAGAAACCUCCGAUGCACGUGCGAUUUGAUCCUUCAUAUAAGAACAGAAUGGUGAACGAGAAUCAAGCGGUUGACUUGGCCAUGGGGAUGAUGAUAUUGGUGAAGCUGAAGAACGAUGUUUCCAACCUACGAAAGUUACUGUCGGACACGCAUGUAGAAAUGGCAGAAUACGGGUCCUUCGAGACCCUACAAACAUUUAUGGACAACGACAUUCAAAGCGAGAAGGAAGAACAUCAGCUCAUUCGGGAUAGUAUCCUGAAUGAGAAGACACUCAAAGCCCUGCAAUCACAGCUUGAUUCCGAAACAAGGGAAAGAAAAUGUCUGUUGAAGCAACUAAACGAUGAAAUUUUUGAUUUAGAGACCAGAGCUCAGGACACAAAAGUGGAAAAUGAUGUCAAGACAAGGCUCGUUAAGAAAUGGGAAAACACUCGACACGAGCAAGCCAAGAUAGUCAUCGAAGGGAAGGAGAACACUUUACUUACUACUUCUAAAGAAGCCAGAGAUAACAUUGAGCGGGAACUUCGACUUCGCAGCGAGAUUGAUGUUUACAUCAACUACUGCAUUGGCCAGAUAAAUGAUAAAAUUUCAUUUUGGACUGACAAGUAUCAGCGGGAGAUCAAGGCAUUCGAUGGUGAUAUCACCCGUCACAGGGAAAACAUCGCCGAACUGAAAGUGAAGUACGAGGAAUUGGUGAUAUUAUACAAACAUCGCGAGAAGGAAAUCAAGAUAUGCGCUGAAUCGCGCAAAGAACGAGAGAAACAGAAGGCGUUCGCCAACAAACAGCACCGCUCGGCAAUCGUCAUACAAGCCUGGUGGCGUGGCACCAUGGUGCGCAAAGGCCUGGGACCGUUCAAGAAGAAGAAAAAAUCGAAACCCCCCAAAUCGUCGAAAAAGGGUGGUAAGAAAGGAAAAUAGAGCUAAGUUUGAGAUGUA